AUGAAGACUACUGUGGCCAUUGUAUUCCUUCUACAGGUGUCAUUAAGAUUUGGUAAGUUUCUUUUAUGAGAGUAUUAAAAAUUUCUUUAAAUGUUUUUCUGGAUAAUUCAAGAAGUACGUUGAUCAAUUUUAUUAAGUCAAGUACAUCACCCUUUCAGUCGUUUGAAAUUCAGCGUUUUCUGAUCAUUAUUUUCUAAUCAUUCAACGUUUUCUAAUAAUUGCAAUGGACCAAGGUUCAUGGUAGUUAUUUGGUAUUUAAAAGAACUACAGGCCCGUACCAAAAGAAAUGUAUUGCAGAGUAAUUUUUAGCUUGUUCUUUUUCGUGAUACACUGUCAAACACAAAUCGCAAACUUAUCAGCGUAUUAAGAACGCAAAAGUUUGUAUCGUAGAUUUUUUUUGAAACAAAUCCACGACAGUCGAGAUACCUGGCGCUCGAGCGGAUGUCGAAGCUAUCCGCCCCUCUUUGAUGAGAACGAGCCUAUUCCAGACCAACGUCGUUCCCAGGGUUGGAAAGAGUGGGAGAGAACCCUGAGAACAGGGUUGGUUCCAGGCCCUCAGUCGAUUGAUAAGUGCGACUAAGGAAGACUACGACCGACGAAGAAAGUUGCCAUUAAAUGAAAGCCUGAGUCAUGCAGGUGUUCGACGAGGAAACGUGAAGUAGCUAGCAGAUAUCGCUUACUUCUUCCAUCUCUUGUAUGAUUAAAGCCUGAAAGAAUGUCCACUAUAAUCGCCCUGAUUUCUUUUAAAAGGUUUUUCUGAAGCGGCUUGUGAUCAACCGCUUGGAAUGCAGAACGGUGCCAUUCCGAACUCCGCAUUGACUGCUUCCAGUGAGGCAGGCGUUGCUCAUAGCCCUAACAGAGGAAGGCUAAAUUAUGCGACACCUGCACCUGCUGCUUGGUCGUCUGGAGGUGCUCAUUAUCUAAAAAACAGCUGGUUUCAAGUUGACUUUGGAAGUUGGACUAAAGUGACGAGGAUUGCAACCCAAGGAAGAAAAUAUGCCUACCAGUGGGUGACACGAUAUCGUGUGUCUUAUUCCUACGAUGGGAUAUUCUUCAAAGACUACACGGAAGUAGCCUCUAAUCCAAAGGUACUUUAGCAUUAAUAUAAAAAUAAUCCAACCUUUCAUCGGUUACCACCAAUGCUGCGAAGAUCUAGUGGUCGUUCUCGGAAGGUGGUCGCAUGCGAGAAUCGAACCGGGGGUCGGUUUUUUUUCUUUUUAUUUCAAGAAGAGAUCCAUUCACAUCUAACGUGAGGCACGAAAUUUUUGCAGGGGGUUUAUUUUUGCAGAUUAGCAAUUUUUUGUGUUUUGCGGGAACUUGUUUUUCCGAUUAGGACAGAUUGGUUUUGCUUAGAAUUAAUUUUUGCGAUUUUCAGAAAGUACCCAUGUACCCAGCAUUGAUUAUAUUUUCGUUUUUAUUGAGUACGUUCAAGCAGUAAACCAGUAUUUAGUUGUUUCUGAGUGAAAGAGGCAAGUUGUGAUUGCCAUGACAGACAUGAUUUCGUAGUACUGUAUUUUUGAGUCGUGAAUUUAAGUUGGGGAAUAUUUACUCUGGAGAUAAUUUUUGCGGAAAAAGUAUGUGCGAUAAUUUUUAUUUGCGGGAACUUAUUUUUGUGGAUCGCUGGAAAAACCACAAAAAUCGCAAAAAUAAGAACCCGCAAAAAUUUCUUGCCACACGGUAUUUUAAGAGAGGAAGAACGUCUACUUUUAAAAAUUUCAAAGCAUGGAAUUCAUAGCAUGUAUUUUCUAAGUUAGGGUAUGCAUAGUUCCAUGAUGUACUAAAAUUUGCCCACGUACUGUUAUUAAUUAGUGAAGUGCAUACAUGCGAACACGGUUAUCAAACUAUGCAUCAAGAAAAGAGAACAUUUAAAACCGUCGCCACAAAAAGUGGUCGUUUAAAGUGAAUGGGACAUCCUUAUUCUGGGGAGAGGGGAAAGUCUAGUAAAUUAAUAACUAUAAUGUAUAGUUUUAUGUCAAAAAGUCGUUGAACCUAAAAAAAGUGUUUUUUGAACUUUUUGUUUUGAAAUUGAAGGUCUUUUCCGGCAACUCGGACAGAAAUGGAAUUGUCACUCAUGAGUUGACGAAUCCUAUCAUUUGCCGCUACAUUCGAAUCCUUCCUACUGCAUAUUACGCCUGGGUGUCGCUUAGGGCUGAAUUCUACGGCUGCAAAACAGGUACGUAGGUACCCGGGGUCAGUCAGUGAAGUAUAUCACUGAAAGUAACUCCGACUCUCCUACUUAAUUACGCGUUAGUUUCGUGCACGCCGUUCAAAGGUCACUUCCUCCGUGCACAGGGAACCCAUCUGGGCGCCCGUAGCCCAGCUGUAAACACAGAAGGGAAGUUGUAUUUUUCAGUAAGUGGUUGGAAUGAAGUUGACAGGGUUUUGGGUCGUGUAAGUUGACAUGAAUAAUAGUCGAACCCAGGUAUGCGCCCUUAAGUCUUGCACGAGCUUGCAAAGUAAUGCGCGACGUCAAGAGACCAGGGCUCCGUAAGUUUAACCCAAGAUGAAGCCAGAUUUUAAGCAUAGUUUCCUUGUCUACGAACUUGUAACUCAAGCUAACAAAAUACUGAUGAGUUCUCGCUCUGAGAUACGGUUAUGAUAACUCAAAAUGUUUCUCCUAGCAUGCACAGGAAGGUAAAUACUUGGUUAGCGCAAAUUGGCCUUUCAGGAACCGGGCCCAAGAUUGUACUUUCCAGCUAGAUAGAUAGAUAGAUAAGCUAGAUAUGUCUGUUAAGUUUUAACUGAGCCAAGAACACACUUAGUUGGUUGCUACAGUACUAUAAGAGACGCUCGAAUGGACAUUAAGUUCAGAAAAUCAAAUGGUUAGUCAAGGUUUUGCCUUAACCAGUGGUCAAUUAAAUAAAACUUUUACAUGGUGUAAUCUACCGGUGUAGCUGUUGUUUUCAGACUCUAAAACAAUGGCUGUAAUUGUGAAAUACACUUUAAAAGUUUUAUUAAAUUGAUCCCAGUGUAAGUUCAAAGUUGUGUACCAUCCUGAUCACGGCCUACAGCCAAACCUGUAUGAAGCUGUCACCAUUGGGGAAAAGCUCUCGGGCCAUUUAAAACAGGUUUGACAAACCUAAGAAAUAUUCAAGAACAUGGAUAUGGUGAAAGAGCCAAAUACCGUAAAAUUCCGAAAAUAAGCCCCGGGGCUUAUAUUUUUCAAAGGCCCUUUUUGAGGGGCUUAUCUGCGGAGGGAAAUUUGCGUUUCAAAAUCGAUGGGGCUAGCCUUAUAAAUGGAAGGAAAUUUACCGUUUUUGCCUCGUUUUACUUGUGUAUUUGAGGGCAAUUUUCAAGUACAAGCCCCCCGGGGGCCUUAUAUUUCGAGGGGCGAUUAAGGGGCCGACCAUCUGAGGGGUGGGUGAUUUUGAAAAAAAUUUCCUGCAAGCGCUCGUCGGAAGAAAAAAAUUGCAUGCAGCACAAAUGUAAUAAAGAGCUUAAGGGAAAAAAAAGGGAAAAAAAUAUCCUGCCCACCAUAUUGCUAGAAAAAAAAUUCUUGAUGACCAGAAAUCACCCACCCCCACCCUCAAGAGUUAAAUGGUCGGCCCCUUAACGGAGGGCUUUUUGCGUUACGAGUUUGUGGGGCUUAUACAUGAAGGGGCUUAUUUUCAGAAUUUUACGGUAUCUAUCCCCUGUAAGAUCGAGCUCGUCUUGUCAAAAUGACCCGUUUUGCUAGAAAAUAGAAAAGAACUCGUAAGGAAAAGGUGACCGCGACCGUUUAAUAGAGGGUGACCGCUAAAUACAGGUUCGCUUAAUUACAGUAGAGGUUUUUAGUGCAUAUCGUUUUGUUAUCUAGUUGCUAUUCAUGUAACCGCUUUCCUGUUGUAGGUUUUCCCAUCCCAGAGGUACCAACUUGCAGGCAUCCGCUGGGGAUGGAAAGUGGCCAAGUCCCGAAUUCCGCAAUAACUGCUUCCACCAAACUGUCUUCAGCAUUUGGUCCUGAGAAUGCUAGACUUCAUUACCAGGGUGAAGCUGGGCGAGUUGGGGCCUGGAUACCCUUACAUCAAGACCACAGGCAAUGGCUUCAGGUGGACUUCGGAUCUGUGACACAAAUCACGGGUAUAUCAACUCAAGGUUAUUACAAUGCCGAUCACUGGGUUAAGAGCUAUACCCUGCAAUACAGUGACAAUGGUUACAGUUUCAAGCCAUAUCAGCAAAGCGGGCAUACCAAGGUACUGACUGGUUUUUUAGGUAGCAUGUAAUUGUGUUCGACGCUAGGAGAACGCAACCUAAACUUAACGCACGAGAAGGCCCAGUGAAUAAAUCUCACCUAUUUUAAAGGAGAUUUCCAAGCUGCAAGUAAAAGCUCCAGUUAAUCUAAGUAUCAUGUUACGAUAGUGUCUUAAAUUUCCCGACGUCAAUUCUUGCUGAAUAUUUUGCGUUAUUUUUUCACAUGUCGUCAUUCAUUCACAUUUUGGACGACAUCGUCCUUCAUUGUUCAAAGCGCAUAUACGUCGGCAUUGCACACAUGUACUUGACAUAACUUAAAAAUUAGCUUCAUGUUGCAGCUAAAUUUGCUAACCCUUGAAUAGUGAGAAAGUGAAAUAGCUAAGCGAACCAGGUUUUGAAUGCGGUCGAACAGUGUACAUUGUAUACUAAGUUACACUCCCUUACAACCAUGAAUUUUCUUUUUAAGACCUUUGAUGGAAAUGUGGAUCGAAUGAACGUUGUCAGUCAUGUACUGAACCCGCCUAUCAACGCAAGUUAUAUAAGGGUCAUCCCUGAGUCCUAUUAUCUUUACGAAGCACUGCGGUUAGAGUUUUACGGCUGCAAAACAAGUAAGAUAUUUUAAAGCUGAUUGUUUACUCUUGGGAGAUUAUGAGACCUCUAUUUUCGAUCGAGCAUCGAACGUACUUGUUCGAUGCUCAUAUAUGCUGCCCCAGUCAUGGUCCCUACCGGACCUCUGCACUCUCCCCAGAUUUCGAUCGCCAAGUAGAAUCAAGUCAAGAAGGUGGCUUUUGAUACUAAGCUCUUGAUGUUAGCCAUCACGUACACAAAUAAAGAGCGCGAACAGUCUUAAGGGAUAAUUGUUGCGGUGAAUCAAAGUUGUUGUUUUUCUCUUUAAAAGCAUCCCGCGAUUUUCAGACUAUUGCUUCUGAAAUCGCUUUCUCUUAAGCCAAUGGAGGUUACUCGCAAUUAUGAUGGGGGCUGGGGGGAGUUUAAGGAAUUAUAUGCUACCACCACACUAAUAAACUUCUUAUUAUUUUCUGUAGAAUGAGGUCCUAUGGGCGCCAUGAACAAGGAUCUGUGGGAUUUGAGCUAACUUUAGGAAAGAUGUGAUUUUGGAAAUUGCAGCAACAAAACUAGGAUAAAUAUAAUAAAGGGGCAAAGCUUGGUAAAACAUUAUUUAAAGUAGAACAAAACCGUGGAUGUGAUAUUGGUUUAGUAUGGUAGUAACCAUGCAAUGCAAUGCCAUGUCUAUAUCAUGGAAGCUGUGAUAUUAAUACAAGUAUAAAGGGUCAUGAUUUAUAAGGGGGGUAUUUCUAAUUUCAGAGUUAGAAAUAAAAGAGUAUUUACAGCCGUAUGUUUCGACUCAACUGCCUCAAGUUCUCUUGAUACGUAUGUGUUAGGCGGAACCGGGGGAUGGGUUGAGGGAUACUUCCUUAUUCAUGCUGGGGCGUACCGCCGCUCUAACAAACAAAACCAGUACAGCUGAUAUAUGCUGCUAUGAUAACUGGACUGGCUUUUCGGUCAAGAAUGACAUUUAGCCCUUUUGUGUCAAAUGCUUAUCAAGAGGCAUCAUUUCAUUACCUAACAAGAAUCUCCGAAAGGCGAUUUUUAACUGGGCUGCAAAGGGGCUAUUUUUUCUGAGGGGAGGGGGCGGCUAUACACUCAGGCUACCAUAAAACCUUGUCGGCAACCAUUGCAUGCAACAGAAUCUCAUGUGAGACUGAAACAUAAACUCAUUCAAAACAUUGUACCCUUUUGAAAGACUUUCGUAACCAAAAAAAGAGUACCAUUUUUAAGUGGGGGCUGUAUAAUAACUUUUAAAUUCCACCAUUAUGAAUCAAAAUAAACAAGUUAGCCAUUAAUUCUAAACAGGAAACAAUUUGCAUUAUUUCCACGCACUCCUCCCCCAAUCCCUCUGUGCCCCAAAAUAUAGCGUGACAGUAUAACGUGACUAAUUUGACGUAACCGGAAAUUCCAAAAAUUGUUGUCCUUCUACGAGCAUAAAAUGCGACAGACUAAGCUGAUUUACACUAGACAGAAAUAUUGUAUUGUAUGAAAACCAGAAGUAUACUAAAACAGAUAGUUAACUGCCCAUUGAUCCCGCCUGAUCCAGGGGCCUCACUGACUGCACGGAGACUUUACUGCGCUUUUCACAAACAUGCGAACUCUAAAGUUCAAAAGCCACCUUCACAAUUGUGUUUAUCGCUGCCGUCAAUCAUAAUUACGAUCACAAGCAACGAACCUUGAAACAGAGGGCGCUUUCCAUUUAGUCAAAAUUUCCGGAAUUGCCGGUUUCGGCGGUAAAUGGAACACGUUUCGUCGGUUCGUCCCACUGGAAAAUUCCCAGAAAAAGUGGAAAAUCUAAAAAGGUGGUCCCGUUUUCCAGGUUGGAAUUUCUGAACGGAAUGUCGUGUUUCUCGUAGUUUGUACCAGUUCCAGGUCCACGGUCGGGCACCGCGCCACGUACCGGGGUUUACGACCAAAUGGAACAACUUUUUACCAAUCGGAAAUUCAACUUUUGCUACCACCGAAAUUUCCGGGUUUUUUUCGUAAAUGGAAAGCGCCCAGAGAAACACACAAAACGGAUCGAAAUCCACAAAUCACAAACCAUGACCUUUUGAACCCGUGAAGUAAAGUUUUGUUUCCUAAGAGGUCCGUUAAGAUGAUUGACAGCAGCGAAAAACGCAAUCGUCGGUUGGUUUCUGAACUCCAGAAUUCGCAUUUGCGCAUUUGCAUUCGCAUUCCCUAAUUUGCGGUCCACAGUCUACAUGAAAAAGCACUAUUUUUUCCACAAGAUGAAAAGUAUUCAGUUUUAAGAUUUUCCUCACGGUAUUUUUCUCUAACUUAGAGGAAUAAAAUCCUUUGCAUUUUGAGACCUAAAAAAGUUUAAAGAUUUCUCGCUCGCAUGUUGCGUUCACCAGCACGCACUUCAAACAAUGUAAAAAGAUGAAACGAUCGAUAACAUAUUUUCUACCUGAUACCGAUGUGAGUUAAAAAUUCGCUCCAGUUCUGUUUGUCUCACCCAUGACUAACUUUUCUUCAUGGAAACUAUGCCGCUUUAUAACUCGUCCGAGGUUUUUGUGCCAGCUAAACAAUAUGGAAACACUAUUCACAGUGACUCCUUGGAUAUUAAAAAGACCGAACGUGACGCACUAUUAUGCAUGCCUUUGUUUACUUCUGAUCACAUCUUCAAGCGAAGUCUCUCUUUUCAAGCGAUUCAUCUCAAUGCACAAUAAUUGACCCUUAUAUUAGUUAAAAUCCUAUGGUUCAUUUAAAUUAAUGCUGUUUUCGCCCCUCACAUUGCCUGUGUUCGUUCGUAUUCAAAACACCUUUACGAAAAUAAAGGUCGUAUAAGUCAUGUGUGAUAUGUUUCGAGAUAAAUGGAUUAUACGCUUUUUUAAGUUUCCAUUUUGCGGUGACUUCAGUUUACAUCUCCAUAAAAUAGUAAAAGAAAUAUCAAGAAACAUCACGAGAGCUGAACAUUUUCAAAGGCAUGUUUUUGAACUCGCUAAUCCUGACAUCAAUAUAGCGUGCUUGCUGAAUGGGCGAAAACACAGAGUUGUCAUCACAAGAUCUUGUACGAAUUUAAUGACAAAAGCUUAGCAAGAUACAGAUUCAAACAAAAGCAAACCCCCUGAAACCUCGACCUGGGCUACACUUGUAUGCUCUACUCAGUCACUAAACCUUGUCAGUAAUAGCUCCUAUUUUCCUCAAGUCGCUCUCUGUGAAGCUCCCGUAUGGGAUGUCCCGGAGAAGCGUUAAAAUUCUCAGAGUUCCUAUUUUUGUCCGUGUCUUCUUUAUCCUCAGUAUCCGAAAUUUAGAUCUCCAAAGUGGCUUGUGUUGCAUUAAAUAGAAGGAAAUAUUUAAAGGAAAAGGCAGUCUUCUAACAUGGCAAAGUUGUCACGUCCCUCGCUUAUGGACGUGCCUCACAUCAGGAUUAUUCAUCUGCCAUUCAUCGGCAACUGAGUUGUUCGCUUCACUGACUAUGACGGCUUACAAUCAAGUCUUCAGCCAUAGUGUCGUCAACUGGUGAAAUACUUUGCUCAUAAAUUGUGCUUCUUAAUUGCUCAUGUACUACAUCGAUCGAUAGUUCACGAAGCAGCCACGGCGUUCCAAACCUGACGCUCACAGUCAUCUUUUCAGUCUUUUAGUGUGAACCUACCGUGAACGGCGUGUCGGUUUGAAUGCAACGCGAGCAUUUCUCUGAGUUUCCCAGCGCCAACAUCAUCUAACUGACUUAAACUCGAACAAUAAAAAAAUUAUAGAGUUACUCCCAUGGUCAAAUAGCCUCGAACAACGGAAAUAGCCUUCUUCAGGUUCGCAACGCCUUGUGGGUUUUUCAGGGGGAGCGCAGACAAGGUACAAAAAGUAUCCGUGCAAGGGUUCAUGCAAGAGAAAACCCUAUGAAACCAUUUGUGAGAACAUCGUUUCUACGUACCAGACCCUCGUGUUUUCCCUCCCCCGGAUGACCACUUUGUGACACCGACGACCGAAAACCCAUUUUAUGACUGGGCUUGCCGGGCAGCCCAGUAAUGAACUAUAACGCUCCUACAGCGGCGGUCAGUUUCGCUUGCUUGGAGAUUAGAUCGAGAAAUGAGGAGGCGAUCAAUUCUACACGAAACUGGAUUUACUCACUAAAGGUUUUUCACUUCCUACUUUAUCGUCGUCAGUACUUUUUAUUUGUUUCUGAAUUGAUUCAGUACGCGUGUUAGCGACGACCGGAAAUACGUCUGCGGUCGCAGGCUUUACGCGUGGAUAAAUACACGAAAAAUUCAAAGGCCUCGGUUCCAGAGAAAUUACAACAUUGCCAGAGAUCAAAGAAGUGAUUUACAUGGCAUUUCAAUCAUCGCCGAAAAUAAACCGCAUGCUAAUCACAAGACCUAUAUGCAUACAAUGAAAGUUUACAACUGACCCAACCAUCGCAGUUUUGCUAAGGUGCUCUUAAUUUUUUUUUUUUUCGACCACUCAGUAAUGUUCAUUUGUUCCAAAGUAAUCAAACGCUUUGAAGCGAUGGAAUUCGUGGACCGACACGUUUCGGAAAAGCUCUAGAUUUAAUCUUUCCUAUGCUUUCUUCGCAAAACAUGGGUAGCUUCGAUCACGCAACGAUUUUUUGUCCCAGUUUCCACGGUCUGCGCACGGAGACCGCCAUGUAAAUGCCGCGUCAAGUAAAAGCUAAGAAAUUCAAGCCUACUGUAUUACAAAACGAAGUGUCCUUACGAAGUGAAAAUUGCGUAAAUAUUAGUUUUAAGCUUCCCUAGCACUUCAUCAAGGAUCGAUAAUUGUUUGAUGACGUCAUGUGAAAACCAGCAUUGUAUACGCCAUAGUAGAUUGUAUACAACGGCUGCAGAGUGAUGAAACUAGCAUAUUUACCGUUUGACCUGCGUGACAGCUAAACAUUAAUAGAACAAUUCGCUGUGCUUUACCGACAAAAAUUCAUGUUUCGCUGACUCUACAAAGUAAACCUCAAAAAAUCCCAAAUCGAUGUUCUUCAGUUCGGUAGUCUCCUUCACAGCUGUGUUUUAUGGAAGUUUCGACAAAAGUCUUUUCGGGCAGUGUGGAGUCUACGACGCAAGCUAAUAUUUAUACCAAUUUUAUAAAAACGAAUGCUUUCCGUUACUUGCAACUAACGUAAAUCACUCUGAGCGACCAAUUCUCAUCCUCGUGCUUGAAAGCUGUAAAAUUAAACCCUGGACUUGUGCAUAAAUACAUUUUUGAGUAGCUAAGCUAAGAUCAAUUCACCACCAGCAAUUAGUAUAUACACACUCGGUGAUCUUGGUGAUUUAAGCAAUCUAAUUGGUUCGCUAUCUCGGACAAUUCAAUAAUAUUCACCUCUUAGCGAGUAGAUAAUUUCUUUCUUUCUUUAGAGAACGAUCUUUUAAAAGUCAACAAAAUCCUAGGGUUGACUUUUUUAAGGCAAGAAAAUACUUGGAAGGAUACAAAACGGCGUUUUUCCAUUUCCUGUCGCCGAGUUUUGUGCUAGACGGAUUGUUUAUACAACUACCGUUUAUUCGCGUAGAAAAAGCCGUUUCGUGAACUCAGCGUUUCGGCCUAACAAGAAAAUUUAGCCCAAAAUCGAAGUUUAUUUAUGAAAAACAAAUUUGAAGGCAAAUGUUUGCAAAAAAUUCUACCUUUCAAGUAAACAGGACAAAGAAUGGUACAGGAAGACGACGCCUUAUCUCGAGCAACCGAGCCGCCAUUUUUGUCAGCACUUCAUGCGAAGAACGACACAACAAACCCUUUUGACUCUAAACUUGGCGUAUCGACACAAAACAACAAAGCUCUACUUUUCUUCUUGGGAAAAGAAACAAUUUAAACUUUUAACGGUUCCAUUUAAGCCAUGUGACGUUGUUGUUUGCGACGUGAUAAACUUGUGAAUUACCAAGAUUUUUAAACUUUCGCGUGAUUUGAUCCGUCAAUCAAAUCGUACUUUUUAAUGGUUUCCUCUCUGAUUUUGUUGAGAUCACUUCGUGUGUAUAUACUAAAACAAUUAUUCUUUUCAAUCUCGGUGAAUAGUGGCUUUAGGAAUAUUUACCUCGCUGCUUCGCGCCUUGGUAAAUAUAUUCACCCACUAUUCACCUCGAUUUCAAAGAUAAUAAGUUAUACCAGAUGGGUAAUUUUUUAUUUUCAAAGAAGAUCCCUUUGUGCGCAGCUAGUUAUUUAAAACGUUCCUGAAAACUGAAUGGAAAUACACAACGCAUGCGUCAUCAACCCAAUAGUCCAUUUAAGAGUUCGCUCUGACCGCUGAAUAAAAGAAGUGAAGACACAUUUUUUACAGCCUUAGCCUCAAUCUGAAGUAAUAUAUUCACAAAUUCCAACCGGAAAAAGACCUGUUUAUUACUCUGUUUAUUGUGUAUAUUCAAAUUUCAAACACUUACUUGCCAGAAUUUCUGAAUAUUUUACUUUACGUCGAGGCUAACCCUGUAUAUGAAUGUGUCGUCAAUGUAUAGCAGAUGGGCAUUUUUUUAUUUUUAAAUUAUUACGUCAGAUAUGGAUAAAUUCAUAUUCUUAAACACUAACCGCAUAAUUUUGUUCAAAGAGGAUCCCUUUGUGCGCAGCUUGAUAUUUCAAACGUUCCUUGAAAUUCAAUUUUUUUAAACUGAAUGCAAAUAAACAACGCAUGCGUCAUCAACCCAAUUGGUCGAUCGCUAAUAUUUAAACAAUGUUUUACGUAGACCGUAUUUAGGAAGAUCUGUAAACCUCCACAUAUCCGUUUUAGUGUUUAGAGUUAAAACUGUUUUUAUUUUCCUCAUAUGGGCUGAACUUCGUGAAUCGCCCCAAUGUGUUUUGUUUCAGGUUAUUUUUGCAAAUGGUCCUUUACUGGAAAACGUCUUGACAUUUCCCACACUCUCCUGUUAAUGUCUUGUCUUUACGUUUCCUGGACGAUUUUGACCGGUCUACCCAGGAAAACAGAGUGGGUUCUAGAACAGUGGCAAGAAAUCAAGUCUAGAGGCCGUUUUUAUUUGCAAACUUUACUCACUUCAAUUCCCCGCCUUAUAAACAAAUCAAUAAAAAUCGUAAAAUUAAACCUCACCGUAUUGUAUUACAGUGUUGUAAUUAGAAUACAAAUUUUCUUACCGCAGAAAAGAAAACAACAAUUUCCUUUUAAGGCCAAGCAUGGAUUUUCUCCCCCUCUGACCCUAAACUUUUCAACAAACAACAAGAAGUCAAACAGGAAGACGCAAGCGAAAUAUCCCUUGGUUAUUAAUUAGCUUUUCGGGAAUGCACAUGCUUUGUAUUUUAAAGCUUGUCACGAAAACUUAACUCGUGUAAUGGAAGAAAUAUAAUUGUAUCUGGUUGUAUCAAAUUUUACAAACAAAAAAGUUAACUGGCAUGACAAAGACAGCCAUCUACUUUGAGGCUCACGGCUAAGUUCGUGACCUUUUUUGACUUCCGCCCUAAUUGGGUUUAUCAUAGUGGCAACGUUGCCCCCUCCCUCCCUCCCCCAUCCACAAUGCUGUCGUACGAUCAAUAUAACAAGAACCCCAAAACCAUAAAUACAUUGGUCAAAAUUUUAUAAUAACAAAAAGAGCAACGAAUUGCAACGUCUUAGAGGCAGUCGUGUUCCACCCAAAAAAGAAAAAAGAAUUAUCUUUAGAGGAUGUUUCCUUUCUUCUGCCUGCAACAAAUAUUUCUUGUGCAUUCAGUAAUGCCUUGGCAACUCGAGACAGGAAAAUAUAAUGAUUUAAAACCUCCUUGGGCAGUCACUAUAAAAAGCGGCAUCUUACGAGCCGUAGUACUUCACAUCAAGCAGCAAGGUUCAGCGUUGUUCUGGAGUCGCUAUGAAGACUACUGUGGCGAUUAUAUUUCUUCUGCAAGUAUCAUUAAGAUUUGGUAAGUUUCUUUCAUGAGAGUAUUGCAUAUUUCUUUAAAUGUUCUUCGGGAUAAUUCAAGAAGUACGUUGAUCGGUUUUAAUGCAUGAGUCGAGUAGAUUGCAUUUUCAGCCAUUUGAAAUUCAGCGUUUUCUAAUAACAUAGUAUAAUGGACCAAGGUUCAUGGUAGUUAUUUGGGAUUUACAAGAUUUAGAAAACCGUGCCAAAAGAAAUGUCUUGCCGAGUAAUUUUUAGCAUGUUCUUUUUCGUGAUACGCUGUCAAACAGACAUCGCAAACUUAUGAGCGUAUUAUAAACGUAAAAGGCUGUAUGGUAGAAAUUUUUUCAAACAAAUCCACGACGGUCGAGAUACCUUGCACGCGAGAGGAUCCGAAGCUAUCCUCCCCUCUUUGAUGAGAAUGAGCCUAUUACAGACCAAUGUCGUUCCCCAGGGUUGGAAAGAGUGGGAGAGAACCCUGAGAACGGGGUUGGUUCCAGGCCGUCAAUCGAUAGAUAAGUGCGACUAAGGAAGACUACGACCGACGAAGAAAGUUGCCAUUAAAUGAAAGCCUGAGUCAUCCAGGUGUUCGACGAGGAAAUGCGAAACAGCUAGCAGAUAUCGCCUACUUCUUACAUCUCUUGUAUGAUUAAAGCCUGAAAGAAUGUCCACUAUAAUCGCCCUGAUUUCUUUUAAAAGGUUUUUCUGAAACGGCUUGUGAUCAACCGCUUGGAAUGCAGAAUGGUGCCAUUCCGGACUCCGCCUUGACUGCUUCCAGUAAGGCAGGCGUUGCUCAUAGCCCUAAAAGAGGAAGACUAAAUUAUGCGACACCACCUGCUGCUUGGUCGUCUGGAGGUGCUCAUUAUCUAAAAAACAGCUGGUUUCAAGUUGACUUUGGAAGUUGGACUAAAGUGACGAGGAUUGCAACCCAAGGAAGAAAGUAUGCCUAUGAGUGGGUGACACGAUAUCGUGUGUCUUAUUCCUACGAUGGGAUAUUCUUCAAAGACUACACGGAAGGAGCCUCUUAUCCAAAGGUGCUUUAGCAUAAAUAUGAAAAUAAUCGAACCUUCCAUCGGUGACCACUAGUGCUGCGAAGAUCUAGUGGUCGCUCUCAGGAGGUGGUCGCAUGCGAGAAUCGUACCAAAGGGGUCUCUUUUUUUUUUCUUUUUAUUUCAAGAAGAGGUCCGUACACAACUACGUGACCGUGUGGCACGAAAUUUUUGCGGGUUUUUUUUUUGCGGAUUGGCAAUUUUUUGUGUUUUGCGGGAACUUAUUUUUCCGAUUAGGACAGAUUGGUUUUGCUUGGAAUUAAUUUUUGCUAUUUUUAGAAAGUACCCAGUACCCAGCAUUGAUUAUAUUUUCGUAUUUAUUGAGUACUAAACGUGCAAUAGAAAUACAUAUUUUCAAGUAAUAAACCAGUAUUUCGUUGUUUCUGAAUGAAAGAGACAAGUUGUGAUUGAACAGACACGAUUUCGUAGUACUAUAUUUUUGUGUCGUGAAUUUAAGCUGGAGAAUAUUUACUCUGGAAUUAAUUUUUACGGGAAAAGUAUGUGCGAUAAUUUUUAUUUGCGGGAACUUAUUUUUGCAGAUCGCUGGAAAAACCGCAAAAAUCGGAAAAAUUAGAACCCGCAAAAAUUGCUUGCCACACGGUACUUCAAGAGAGAAAGAAUGUCAACUUUUAAAAAUUUCAAAGAAUUUAUUGCACGUAUUUUCUAAGUUAGGAUAUGCAUAGUUCCAUGUUGUACUAAAAUUCGUCCACGUACUGUUAUUAGUGAAGUGCAUACAUGCGAACACGGUUAUCAAACUAUGCAUCAAGAAAAGCGAAAAUUAAAAACCGUCGCCACAAAAAGUGGUCGUUUAAAGUGAAUGGGACAUCCUUAAGGACGGACCAUUAGAGAACUUAUGGUGGGGGGGAGGGGGGCCGGGUUGGGCGAAGUACAAAAAAAAUAUAUUCGCGCAAGGGAAAAUUAAAUGAAAAAAAUUCAUGCACGCCAAUCAACCCUAAAAAAAAUAUUCAUGCUAUGGCCUAAAAAAAAUUCAUACAAGGAAUUUUGUGACGAAAAAAAAUUCCCGCAGCUCGAAAACUCCCCUCUCCCCCCAUAACUUUUCUAAUGGUUCGUCCCUUAAUCUGGGGAGAGGGGAAAGUCAAGCAAUUUUCAUAACUAUGAUGUAUAGUUGUACAUCAAAAAGUCGGUGAACCUAAAAAAGGUGUUUUUUAAACUUUUUGUUUUGAAAUUGAAGGUCUUUUCCGGCAACUCGGACAGAAAUGGAAUUGUCACUCAUGAGUUGACUAAUCCUAUCAUUUGCCGCUACAUUCGAAUCCUUCCUACUGCAUAUCACGCCUGGGUGUCGCUUAGGGCUGAAUUCUAUGGCUGCAAAACAGGUACGUAGGUACCCGGUAUCAGUCAGUGAAGUAUUUCACUGAAAAUAACUCCGACUCUCCUCCUUAUUUACGGGUUAGUUGCGUGCACGCCGUUCGAGGGUCACUUCCUCAGUGCACAGGGAACCCAUCUGGUCACCUGUAGGCCAGCUGUAAACACAGGUGGGAAGUUCUAUUUUUCAGUAAGUGGUUGGAAUGAAGUUGAUAGGAUUUUAGGUCGUGUAAGUUGACAUGAAUAAUAGUCGUAACCAGCUCUGCGCCCUGACGUCAUGAACGAACUUGCAAAGCAAUGUGCGACAACAAUGGACCAAGUCCUGUUCCUCGAAAGAUAGUGAAGUUUAAAUCAAGAUUAAGCCAAAUUUUAAGCACGGUUUUCUUGUGUAUGAACAUGUAACUCAGUCUAACCAAAUACUGUUCAGUCCUUACUCUGAGAUACAGUUAUGUUAGCACAAAAUGUUUUUCUAAGCAAAUUGCACAGGAAGUAAAUACCAAAAGUGGAGCAAAAUUUGAUCCUGGGUUUUGGCUAAUCAGCCUUUCAGGAAUCAGGCCUAGGGUUGUACUUUCCAUCAAAAACUGGGUAUGACUGUUAAGUUUUAACUGAACCAAUAAUACACUUGGCUGGUUGCCACAGUACUAUAAGAGACACUCGAAUGCAUGGACAUUAAGUUCAGGAAAAUUAAAUGGUUAGUCUAGUUUUUUGCCUUAACCAGGGGUCAAUUUAAUGAAACUUUUACAUGGUGUAAUCUACAAGUGUAGCUUUUGUUUUCAGACUCUAAAACAAUACGGCUAAAAUUGUAAAAUACAUUUCAAAAGUUUUAUUAAAUUGACCCCAGCGUAACUUCAAAGUUGUGUAGAUCAAGGCUUACAGCCAAACCUACAUUAAGCUGUCACCAUUGGGUAAAAGCUCUCGGGCCAUUUAAAACAGGUUUGACAAACCUAGGAACAUUCAAAAACAAGAAUAUAGUGAAAGAGCGAAAUAUCUAUACCCUGCAAGAUUGAGCUCAAAAUGACCGUUUGCUAGAAAAUAGAAAAGAACUCGUAAGGAAAAGGUGACCGCGACCGUUUAAUAGAGGGUGACCGCUAAAUACAGGUUCGCUUACAGUAGAAGGUUUACUGUAUAUCGUUUUGUUAUCUAGUUGCUAUUCAUGUAACCGUCCUGUUGUAGGUUUUCCCAUCCCAGAGCUACCAACUUGCAGGCAUCCGCUGGGGAUGGAAAGUGGCCACAUCCCGAAUUCGGCGAUAACGGCUUCCUCCAAACUGUCAAUAGUAUAUGGUCCUGAGAAUGCUAGACUUCAUUACCAGGGUGAAGCUGGGCGAGUUGGGGCCUGGAUACCCUUACAUCAAGACCACAACCAAUGGCUUCAGGUGGACUUCGGAUCUGUGACACAAAUCACGGGAAUAUCAACUCAAGGUUAUUACAAUGCCGAUCACUGGGUUAAGAGCUAUACCCUGCAAUAUAGUGACAAUGGGUAUAGUUUCAAGCCAUAUCAGCAAAACGGGCAUACCAAGGUACUGACUGGUUUUGAGGUAACAUUUAAUUGCUUUCGACGUUAGGAGAACGCAACCUAAACUCAACGCACGAGAAGCCUGGGCCCUGUGAAUAAGUCUCACCUAUUUUAAAGGAGAUUUCUAAGCUGCAAGUAAAAGCCCCAGUCAGUCUAAGUGUCAUGUUACGAUAGUGUCUUAAAUUUUCCGAGGACAAUUCUUGCUGAAAAUUUUGCGUUAUUUUUUCACAUGUGGUCAUUCAUUCACAUUUUGGCCGACAUCGUGCUUCAUUGUUCAAAGCGCAUAUGCGUCGGCAUUGCACUGACAUGUACUUGAUUUAACUUAAAAAUUUGCUUCAUGUUGCAACUAAAUUUGCUCACCCUUGAAUAUUGAAAAAGUGAAAUAGCGAACCAGGUUUUGAGUGAGGUCGAAUAGCGUACAUAGUAUACGAAGAUACACUCCCUAACAACCAUGAACUUUCUUUUUAAGACCUUUGAUGGAAAUGUGGAUCGAAUGAACGUUGUCAGUCAUGUACUGAACCCGCCUAUCAACGCGAGAUAUAUAAGGGUCAUCCCUGAGUCCUAUUAUCUUUACGAAGCACUGCGGUUAGAGUUUUACGGAUGCAAAACAAGUAAGAUACUUUUAGGUUGAUUGUUUACUCUUAAGAGAUUAUGAGACCUCUAUUUUCGAUCGAGCAUUGAACGUACCGAUGUUCAUAUAUGCUGCCCCAAUCAUGGUCCCCAACGGACAUCUCCACUCUCCCCAGACUUUAAUCGCCAACUGAAGUAGAAUCAAGAAGGUAGCGUUUGAUACUAAGCGCUUGAUGGUAGCUAUCAAUCGGUUUCUAAUAGCCCCCCCAAAAAAAAAAAAGGAAAUUUUGGACUAAUAAUUAACUAUUCUCAGAACGAGAAUUGACUUAGCCAUAUGAAACCGGAAUCGUUGCAUGCUAACUUACAGGAUGAUUUAAAGAUAACCAGUUGAAUAACAGUAAUAAAAGACAUUUAUUUAGUUAGUUACUUUUAUAAUUUAUUACCUAUAUUUAUACAGGAUUUGUCUCUUCAGCAGGGCUGAUAUCAACAUGGGUUCUGAUAAACUAAAAUUAAAUACAUGAGAAUAUCACCUAUACGAGAAGGCAGAUACUUGAAAAAUGUACUACACAGCAAAAUUACAGAAUAACAGACCUCAGCAUCUCUUUAAAUUUUGGCAAAGACUUCCACUGCUUUGCUGAGUCCGGAAGCCCAUUGUAGGUCCUUGCUCCCCUAUACAUAAUUGAUUUUUUCCUAAAUCCAGUUCUCACUGCUGGAAGUACAACAUUAAGUUCACUACUUAUUUUAUUUUCUUAAGCCAAUGGAGGUUACUCGCAAUGGAGCUCUUGGAGCCAGUGUAGUUCAAGUUGUGGAAUUGGUGAACAUUCUCGAACGCGCACCUGCACUAAUCCUCCCCCAGGUCCCGGUGGGGCGGACUGCUCAGGCCUGGGUCCAAACAAAGAUACUCAGCAGUGCAGCAACAACAAUUGCCCAGGUAAAUAAGUUUGAAAUAUUAAACAAAGAAUGAAUGGUACCGCAAUCAUGAUCGUGAAGGAUCUUCUUUCACUGAAUACCGUCAGACAAAAGGAUGAAAAACCGCAUACCACGGGGCUACAUGAUACCGCAAUACUACACACUAAAAUUAAAAUUACCGACAUAUCUCUCGAAAGAAAACUCAAUACCGCAAUACCGUAAACCUCAAUGUCCCCCUUAACAACUGACAAUUAAGAAAUUAGGAAUCUAUAGACCCUUUUUCCCCAUUUUUAUGAACAAGGAACAAGCUUGAGCGGUGGUCGACAAAAUACAGUGACCUCUAUAAGAAUCCCCCGUCCCGUGUCGAGUACCUCUCAUUGUGCAAGCCCAUGUAUUAAAAUGCAGGAUAGGUGAAGGAAUAGGAUAGCCGAUCUAUUUCGCAUGACAUCACCGAGGCCAUAUUGGUCUUACAAACCAAUAAAACAGAGGCUAGGUUGUUGUUGUUGUUUUUGUUGUUCAAACAAAUCCUGGGGAGGGUCUACUCUUUUUUUAUGUAGAUGUUGUUCCAAUAAAUUUGACCUGCCACCAAUCAUCACGCGCUUCUGCCGCCCAAAGAAAGCAAUAACACUCACCGGGCUAAUCCCGCCAGCUACGCAGGCUAAGAAAAAAGAUCGCCUUAAUUUAUUCCGUUACAAUUGGAACUUAAUAACAAAAACACAAUAGGUAUAUUAAGUUCCGCAAGCAGAAUACUGCAAUGCUGAUCGUACUACGUGGAAAUUAACUCUGCAAGACAUCAACACGACACCGAAAGAACUCAAAACAUAGCGGGAUUGAGGCCAUAGACAGUUGUUUCGCCCUCUUUGGGGCGAAACAGCUGUCUAUGGCUUCGUUCUUUGGCAUAUUCGUUUGCGGUCCUAUGCAGUCCUUUGUGAGCUUUUGUGGUUAAUGUUUGUAAAAAAAAAAUAUUGUACACCGUCAAGGACCUAAAGACAUAAGGUGUGCGCAGCACCUAAAUUUGUUUUCCUUUGCUGCCUUCCAUAACAAGUCUUCAUAGCUAUACCCUCUAUCGACUUUAGUUUGAGAUGUUGGGUCAUAAAGGAAAAUGAGCGUUUUUUUCUUUCAUCGCGAACAAAAGAAUCAUACUGUAUCACCUAAACUCUGCAAUGAAACUGGGAAAUUGUUAGAAUGCAAGGCAUCCUUCAAGUUUAACCCAAGCUUCAAAACUAUUAUGUAACAUGGAAACGUGGCUGCUAAACUCGCUUUAAAAAGGAAGGCCAAACCAUAGGAAUAUGGUGUCCUCAGUCUUGCAGUCAGAUGGUAAUUUUUAUUAUUAUUGUUAUUAUCUUUUCAUUUCAGUAAACGGUGGUUACUCAGACUGGGGACCGUACAGCCAGUGUUCAAAAACAUGUGGCGGAGGCGAGCAAAAGAGAACAAGGACUUGCACCAAUCCCGCUCCGGCUUAUGGCGGAAAAGACUGUAGCACUCUUGGAGCCUCGUUUUCUACAAGGAAAUGCAAUAUUGACCCAUGCCCUAGUAAGAUAAAUUAUCAUUCGAUGCAAAAUUUUCUCCCUUUUCAUGGGCCGAAAGCCCACCACGUGACCUGCAAAUAACUGCCAACAAAUAAUGGUCUGCGCAUGCGCAAUGUUGUCCAACUGUGUUUGGCUGCAAAUAAUAUUCUGCUCAUGCGUAAAGGAAACCACGCGUGAUCGUUCUUGAGUAAAAAAAGGCAGAUCGCUUCGCUUCCCGAAGAUAUUCAUUAAAAAACAAACUUGGUGAUCGAAUGAUAAAACAAUUAUUGAACUCGGUUAUCGCAAAAUAUCGUUAUUUGCCUCAGCCUUUGGCUUCGGCAAAUAACUGAUCUGCUCGCCACUGACAAAUCACGAUAUUUUGCGAUAACCGAGUUCAAUAAUUGUUACUUGCUUUUUUACUACGGCUAAAUGUAUGUCUAGCAGAACCUCGCUAGAGCAACAGGGCCAACAAAAUCAAAAUAGGGUGUGUCCGACAAAUUUAACCAUUUAUAAUGUCUCACCUCGGCAGGGAAAGAAUGAUCAAAUAAAUGGGUUAACGGAGAAAGGGAACACACGAAUUAGUACUAUUUAGCCCUAUUAAGAAUUCCCAGCUUUCUUUGGAGAGCCCUGUUUUUUUUUUUUAUCUGGAAGGUCACUCCAGGGGGAACACUUAAGGGAGGGCGCAUACAGAACACCCUGUUCAAGAGGUCACUAAGUAGUAGGCCAAACAAAACCAUAAGCCCUAGCUCUUUCCUGGAGCCCCCAAACCCCCCUCACGGCCUCGAGUUAAGUAAGCCCCAACUAUUCAUAGCCAACUAAAAUAUCUCUCGUUUCAGUUAAUGGUGGUUAUUCAGCUUGGGGGCCGUACAGCCAGUGUUCAAAGACAUGUGGUGGGGGCGAACAGAAGAGAAGAAGGACUUGCACCGAUCCCCCGCCACAACACGGUGGCGAUGACUGCAGUCGUUUGGGAUCUGCUUUUUCUACCAGAGAAUGCAAUACCCAAGCAUGCCCUAGUGAGUCAAUCUCAGACUGCUUCCAAUUGCAUUGCUUAUACUACUACAUGAGAAAUUUCUGCAAUUUGAUUGGCUUAGAGCAGUGGUAUUUCAGCUUAAUUUGAAAUACCUGCAUGUGAAAAUUACAAACCUUUUGCGGGUGGCAGUAUAAACAAAUAAUAGUAGGAUUUUUACGUGAUAUCACUACAAAUCAUGCUAUUACCAAUACAAACCUUUAUCAGACCGGUAUUGUAUUUGUUCUUAAGGUUCAAAGAGUUGAGAAGUGUUGUUAGCUAGAUCUUCUUAAAGGAAAGUGUUUAAGAAUAAUUGGUGACACCAAAAAGACACUUUGUUGAGUGCUGUAAUGAUUCUAUUCAGUGCCCAGCCUCCUUCCAAUAUAAACACUCCCCCCUGCUCCGGUCCCCUCCCCUCUCCCUUGAAUGUGUUUCUGUUCAUAAGCUCCCCUAUUCUAAACAGCAACCUCCUUUUUAAUAAGCACCCCAAUUCGGUUUCAGUGAUGAUGAGAUGUUUUUUUCUUUAAUAUUAAUAAUAAUAUUAUUAUUAUUAUUAUUAUUAUUAUUAUUAUUAUUAUUAUUAUGUUAAUAAAAUAAGCGCCCUGUUUCGAAUAACCGCCCUCUAUUAACACUGAAAUUAGCCCCCCACCCCUACAGUCGCUAAAUGGAACAAUGGGAUAUCAAGUUAAUUCAUUUUUAUUGUCUAUUAGAAACUUGGAAAGCCGUGGGAUGCUAUCAGAACACAGGGCGAGCCUUGGCUGAUAUCUUAAGAGGUGUAAACGGCAAACGCACAGUUUCUAAAAAAUUAAAUGUAUGCAGAAAAACGGCCGAUGCGAAAGGAAUCACUGUGUUCGGUCUGGACGAUAAGCAAUGCUGGACUGGCCAAAAUGCGGCAGACACUUUCGACAAGUAUGGCAAUUCAGGGCAGUGUUAUACAAACAAGGGAGGAAAAAGUAUGGGCUACUUUGCAUCAGAAUCAAUGUCCGUUUACAAAAAGAACGACAAAGGUAAAUUUAAGUUAUCUAUAAAAUCCAAUUAUUUUUGUUCCUUAUAAAAUACAAAGCUCUAAAUGAUAGCUUCGCUUUUUUAUCGUGUAUAGUCAAUAUUUGGCUAGUCCCUCUACGGCGUUUUCCCAGGCCUUCUCGGUCAAUUCACUGCGCUCGGACCACGUGGCCCGAAACGCAUUGGCCGCGCGGAAUGAUGAGGCCUAGGGACUAGGCAAAGUCGAUGUGACUUUAUCACAUGCGACUUUUGUUGCCUUGCUGUUCUUCCUCAGGGGUUAAAGUCGAGUUGUACCCAACAGUGAGAGACAAUAAUGUACAGUAAACCGUCAUUUAGUUUACGAUAAAAAUCUUCUUUCAGUAUCAGGUUUAAAAUACUCAACCUACAAAAUCUACAUUCUGCUAUCAAACAUUAGAUCUAAUUCGUCGUUGCGAGCUCAUUGACGGUUGAAAAGACUGAAGACGCUUUUAAGAAAAAAAAGGUCACAGGUUACAAAGCGCAAGUCAAUGCUCUAUUGAUAAAUAACUGAGAUAAGCAGUUUCCCAUUAAGGUAAAAUUCUGUUUUGGAUUGUGAUUAGGGCUAGAAGUACACCUUAAUUGUUGUUUAUUUACCGUAGUACGGUGAUCUGUACACUAACUUGACUCGUGACCUGUGACUUGUGACCUGUGACCUGAGUUUUGUUCCUGCCGCUGAUUUAAGGUUUUCGGGCGGGUAAAUUGACAAGUAGUUGAAAGUCUUUGUCCUUUCUGUCCAAGGUGCGUGGGAAAAGAUUGGCUGCUACAGCAAUAAAUCCCCUACAAAUGCGUUACCAGAUUCUUUUGGCGACAUUAAAAGCGGAUCCGAUCCAGACGGAAGUUAUGACUUCUGCAAAGGGAAAGCUGAAUCCCUCGGCUACAAGAUUUAUGGAGUGGACGAUAAGAAUUGCUUGUAUGGAGACAACGCCGAGAUGAAUUACAACAAGUAU